AUGGUGGGUACUCGUAGUAACGAUAAUCCAUCUAGUAGCAGUGCCCCGCAGCCCGAAGUUGAUCCAAACCAACUUCUGGCGAUGAUUCAGGGAUUGAUCACCAAUCAGCAGCACCUAGCUGGGCAGCUACAGCGGGAGCCUCAGCACCAACCUCCCCCUCGUCCAGAGUCUAGCGUUAGGGAGUUUCGGUAUAUGCGGCCCCCUUCUUUCUCUGGUGCUGAAGGACCCUUAGCAGCAGAAGAGUUCUUGAAGGUCACCGAGACUAUUCUCACGGUGACCCGUAUUGCCCCUGCUGAAUGGGUGGACCUUAUGGAUAUUCAGCUCACCGACACCGCUCGGAUUUGGUGGACUGUAGAGAAAGCUCAUUUGGAGAGACCGAUUUCGUGGGAUACCUUCACAGACCAUUUCAACAGGAAGUAUUUCCCUCAGUCAGCUCGGGACGAGCUUUUGCGAAGAUUUGUGGAGCUUAAGCAAGGAGGGCGAACAGUUGAUGAGUACGAGGCAGAGUUUUCUUCCUUGAGUCGAUAUGCUCCCCACUUGGUUACAGACCCUACUAUGACGAGGCAUCAGUUUCAGAAGGGCCUGGAUAAGUAUAUCAUGUUUGCUCUAGCUGGUAGAGAACUUGUGACGCACGAUGCAGUACUGGAUGCAGCACCACUCAUAGUCGCCAUAGCUCGUUCCAUGCACCUCCUUGUUUACUCAGCACGUAAACCGUCCUAUCACGCGGUGCUUUAG